UUAUUGUUCGUAUGAUAGGAGGAAACAGAAGUUGAUGGUAAAGACAUACGUCAAUGACCAUAAGUGUGAGAGGACAGGGUUUUCCAAGAUACUUAAGAGGUCAGCAAUUGCAAGUCUAUUUGCUGAGAGGUUAAGGCUGAAUCCUAAGCUCACGGCAAAGGAGAUACAGGCUGAGAUAUUGAGGGAGUAUAAGAUGGAAGUUUUAGAAAACUCAUGCAUUAAGGCCAAGACGAAGGUGAUGAAAGAAAGGAGGAAGACCCAUGAGGAGCAUUUUGAUAAAAUCUGGGAUUACCAAGCAGAGAUAUUGAGGAGCAAUCCUGGAUCAACCAUGGAAAUUGAGACCAUACCAGGAGCCACGGUUGGAAGCAAGCAGCGGUUCUACAGACUCUACAUGUGUUUCCAAGCACAAAAGGAAGCAUGGAAGAAGACUUGUAGGCCUGUUAUUGGCUUAGAUGGAGCCUUUUUGAAAUGGGACAUCAAGGGACAGUUGUUGGCUGCGGUUGGAAGAGAUGGAGACAAUAGGAUUGUCCCUAUUGCUUGGGCUGUAGUGGAGAUAGAGAAUGAUACAAACUGGGAUUGGUUUGUGAAGCGUUUGGCCUUGGAUUUGGGAUUGGAAAAUGGGAACGGCUUUGUUAUAAUGUCUGACAAACAAAAGGGAUUAGUGAAGGCAGUUCAUACCCUCCUUCCAGAAGCUGAGCAUAGACAGUGUUGUCGCCAUAUCUAUGAGAACUGGAGGAAAGGUGGAAAAGAUCUAAGGUUACAGAGGUUCUUCUGGUUCAUUGCAAGGAGCUACACUCCUGGUAUGUUCAACUACAACAUGGACGAGCUUAAGAACUAUGAUCCUGGCGCACAUGCAUCUCUGAUAAAGACAAAGCCAGAGACUUGGUCUAGAGCUUUCUUCAAGAUAGGCUCCCACUGCAAUGAUAAUCUGAACAACUUGUGUGAGUCCUUCAACAAGACCAUCAGGGAGCCUAGGAAGAAACCUCUGCUAGACAUGUUAGAGGAGAUAAGGCGCCAAUGUAUGACUAGGAACUACAAUAGGUCUAAGAUGGCUAAGGACAGGAAGACUAGGUUCACCCCGAAGACACAUAAAGAGUUAGACAUGGUUGAGAAGAAGUCAAAAGAAUGUAGUCUGCGUUGGGCAAUUGGGCCAGAGACUGAGGUGGAAGAUAGAGACCAGUCAUAUGUGGUGAAUUUGGAGAAUGAGACUUGUGCAUGUCGAAGCUGGCAAAUGAAUGGUAUUCCAUGCAUCCAUGCUGCUAAGGUCAUCCUUGGCGUGGGAAGAAAACUCUCUGAAUUUGUUGCUCCUUUCUACACAACCUCUAAGUGGCGUGAAACCUACAGUUUUGGGAUCAGACCUGUAAAUGGGAUGAUAGAGUGGCCUCGGACCAAUAGAUUAGGUGUGAUUCCACCACCUAAUCGAAAUGGCAAGCCUGGUAGGCCUAAAAACCAUGAUCGAAAGAAGGGAACCAAUGAGACAGUGUCUACUACCAAGCUGAGUCGUGCGAACAGGGUAAUGACAUGCUCUAAUUGCAAAGAAGAAGGGCACUACAAGAAUACAUGUCGGAAGGCUUUUGUUGAGAGCCCACCUAAGAAACCAAGAGGCAGACCAAGGAAAUAUCAGGGACUACACUUUGGCGAGUCACAAGCUCAAUCCUCAGAAGCUCAAACCUCACAAAAUCAAUCCUCACAAGCUCAAGCAUCACCAUGGGAAGUUCCUCAAUCUUCAGAAGGUCAAUCCUCACAAGCUGAAGCAUCACAGACAGCAUCGUGGGGAAGAUGGUUUUUUUAGAUGCUUGUGUGUUGUUUAUGAUGGUCUCUGUCUGAAUGCUUUCGUUGUCUGUUGUUUAUGAUGAUGUCUCUGUCUGAAUGCUUUUGGAACAAGAACUACCUUUUUCUUUCUUCUC